AUGCAGAGCUUUGGUUGUGAAAAGUUCUCUAGGCCGCCGAAGUUUUCCAAGACUAACUUCCCUUCUCCUCUCUCUCUCGACCUCAACCACAUCCCUUCCGUUCCCUCCGCUGCAGCAGAUAGCCAACACCACCAUCAACAUCAACAUCAACAGCUCUGGUUCGCCGCGCCUCCUCCUCCUCCUCCUCCUCCUCCUGUCUCCGACCACCAUCACCAACACCACCGGAUUUUUCUACGAACCGGAGUGCUAAACGAUAAAACUUCGGAUUACACCUCCACCGAAGCGCCGCUUUACUUCACCACCUCGUCUAACGCUGCCACGUCAUCACCUGGUGGUCGAGUUGUUGCGUCAAUCUCUCUCUUUUCUCAGAUAGUGCAUCAAGAAGAAAACACCAUGUCGGAAACGCCUCCGUUUGUAACCCCGUCUUCACAAUGGGGUGCUACAACACCAAGAACGACACCUAAUCUAGACGGCAUCGAACAGCCGGUUUACGAGAGGGUUUGCGUCCGGCUAAGCCCAAGCCGCACCAGUCCAUGGACAUGGUUUGGUGCCAUUUGCUGUUUCUUGUUCAGCAUUGGUCUUCUAAUCUGUGGGAUUACUACGUUAAUCCUGAUUUUCGCCGUCAGACCGAGAAUCCCAGUUUUGGACGUCGCCAACGCAAGCCAAAACACAAUCCUCUUCGAGUCACCGGUUUUCAGCGGCGAUAUUGUACUGCAACUUAAUUUCACCAAUCCGAACAAGAAACAAGUUGUUCGGUUUGAACAUAUUAAAGUCGAGCUCCGGUUUUCGGAAGAACUGAUUGCCAGACAGAAUCUCUUGCCCUUUUCCGUGAGAAACGGCCAGAAUAGGCUAGAAUCGAUCGGUCUGGUUUCAGAUUCCAUCUUAUUGCCGGUCAAUGAUAUGGUUGAGCUCAGAAGACAAGUUGCGAGCAAUUUGGUUGAUUACCAAAUAAUAAGUACAUCCAGAGUCAACGCAGUUCUAGGGUUUGUUCCGUACUCGUACAUGCUGCACGGCACUUGUCAUAUUCAGUUGACGGGCCCACCCGGGGGCGGCUUGGUUUCACGUAACUGCACGACAAAUCGAUAA